CCCACGCAGCCUCCCAUUCAAAAGAUGCCGAAGGGGCGGCGCGGCAGCCACAGCCCCACGAUGAGCCAGCGGCCGGCCCCGCCUCUCUACUUCCCGUCCCUCUACGACCGCGGCAUCUCGUCGUCCCCGCUCAGCGACUUUAACAUCUGGAAGAAGCUCUUCGUGCCGCUGAAGGCUGGCGGGGUCCCGGCGGGAGCGGCGGCCGGGGGGCGGCCCCUGCCACAGGCGCCCUUGGCCCCAGUACCCCUGCUGCCGCCACCGCCGCCGCCGCCGCCGGGCCUGGGGCCGCCGGGCCUGGGGCUCCACAGCGAGCGCCCCUGCCCUCCACCCUGGCCCUCCGGCCUGGCCUCCAUCCCCUACGAGCCUCUGCGCUUCUUCUACUCGCCGCCGCCCGGGCCCGAGGAGGCUGCCUCGCCCUUGACCCCCGGACCCGCAACCCCCCGGCUCGCCUCGGCCUCCCAUCCCGAGGAGUUGUGCGAGCUGGAGAUCCGCAUUAAGGAGCUGGAGCUGCUCACCAUCACGGGGGAUGGCUUCGACUCCCAGCGCUAUAAGUUCCUGAAGGCACUAAAAGAUGAAAAGCUACAAGGACUGAAGACCAGGCCGCCCGGAAAGAAGUCAGCGUCUCUGUCCUGAGGAGCUGCCUGGGAGAGCGAGAGUGUGUCCGCCGCCUCCUCAGGUGUUAGUGCUUAGCUCCUGUGCCCCACGCGUUGUCCCAGAAAUGGUUAUUUUCUGUUCUGUUUACUGCUGUCCUGGCUACGCCCAGCACAGACGCCACAUACAGUGCGCACUUGCGAGGUCUGUCUCGUGGUCUUUCUCUUCCGUGCUGCUGCUGGGGAGCCCUCCCUAGGGGUC